AUGGCGAAUAUGCUAAACAGUUUUCUAUCAGAUAGAACAUUUCAAGUCAACGUGGAAAACUACCUAUCUAGUAAAUACCCGUUGAAGAAUGGUGUCCCCCAGGGUUCAGUACUAUCAGUUACCUUAUUCCUUGUAGCAAUGCAACCCAUAUUCCGAAUAGUUAUAAACACCGUUAAGGUCCUGCUAUAUGCUGACGACAUCCUACUGUUAGCUUGGGGAAAGAAAGAGCAACCACUCUAUCGAAAACUGCAAUCUGCAAUAGAAGCCGUAGACAGAUGGGCCAAAAGUGUUGGAUUCUCUUUUUCAGCUAUGAAAUCCAGCAUUUUCUACUGUAGCCCAAAUGUCCGUCGAGAGCCCAAGAAAGUCUUAAAGAUAAACCAAAUCCCUAUACAGACACAGACACACCUGAAAAUACUUGGCGUCACACUCGAUCGAUCACUCAACUUUAAAAUGCACUGCAAAUUAACAAAAAAAACAUGCGAAUCAAGAUUGUACAUCCUCAAAAUAAUCGGAGCCAGGCUACCUCGUGCCCAACGUAUAUCCUUACUACAAAUCGGUUCGGCCAUUAUAACAUCACGGCUUUUAUAUGGAAUGGGGCUUAUCAGCAAAGGAGGAAACAAUGUCAUCAAUACACUCACACCUACAUACAACAAGACAAUAAGAUUCGCAUCAAGAGCAUACGUUACCAGUCCAAUCCCAGCCAUCAUGGCUGAAGCGGGCACCUUGCCGUUCAACUUCCUAGUCUCCCAAACUAUUGCUCGAAUAGCUAUCAAUAUGCUCGAAAAAAACAGUAAUAAUGCUUCUCUCCCCUUGGUUAACCGCGUCUCUCAAAAACUAGUAGAAAUGGUCGGGACUCCCCUCCCAGAUAUAUGCAUAAGAACGCGACCAGGUGAUCGGAAAUGGUACGAUCCCAAACCCCGCAUCCUAUGGGACAUCAAGAAACUUGUAAAAGCAGGAGAUCCCCCCGAAAUCGUUCGUCCUGUGGUUCAGCAUCUUCUUGCUGAGCGCUGCGAUCGUACAACAGUUAUCUACACCGAUGGUUCUAAAGAUAACAACUUAGUAGGUUCUGGCGUAUUCGGAGAACACAUCCAACAAUCGAUUGGUCUCCCGCCACAAUGUAGUGUUUUUUCGGCGGAGGCGUACGCUAUAAAAACAACACUCGCCCGAUACCAUAAAUGCAACAAUAUUCUGAUUAUGUCUGAUUCAGCCAGUGUUUUAUCCGCACUCGAAUCUGGCACAUCUCAGCAUCCGUGGAUUCAGAAUAUUGAAACCCUGAUAGGUAAUCACUCCAUCCAUCUCUGUUGGAUUCCUGGUCACGCAGGAAUACAUGGCAAUGAAGAGGCUGACCGACUAGCAAGAGAAGCUAAAAACAACAAUUACUUACAUAUUCCCACCCCGGGAAUUGAUGCCCUUCAAUAA